AUGACGAGAAAGACUUCAUCCACAAAACCAAAGAAAUCAUCCAAGUUUGAUUCAUGGUCGCAAGAGGAGAAGGACUUGGUCCGAAAUGCUGUUCUCUCUAUUCAUGAACUAUUCCCUGCACGAACCCCGAAUGAAAUUUUAAAAAUCUAUUUACAAGAAGACCGGGAUGAAGGUCAGACCAUUGGCCGAUUGAUCAUGAUGCAAGAAGAUGAGCUCUCUAAAACUUCUGAAAACAACAAUGAAACACCAACAACCAAAGAUGAUAAUAGUAGCAAUAACAACAAUAUUCCACAAGCCUCGUCAAGUACAAGCUCGGAUCAGCCUCCUGAUCCAGUAUCUAACAAACAACCGCAACUUGACAACUCCUCCAAAGAGGAGCUUGUGAUUAUUGAAGAUGAUGGAGGAAAUAAAAAGAAGGAUAUUGAGAAAGAAGAGACUACCACAAUGAGCAGCGGAGAUUUGAAAAAUGAUGAAGAAUAUGUCGGUGAUGAAUAUGAACUGGAUAGUAAUGAUGAAAUUCAUGAAGAAGACAUUGUCGAAGAGGAAGAAGAAGUGGUCUAUAAAGAUCCCAACGAAGACGAAGAAAAUGUUUUUGCAUGUGACGACAAUGAUAAUAUUGUGAUUGAACUCGUGGAUGCCUCUGCUUAUGAUGAAGAACAAAUUCAAUCACAAACUAUUGCUUCAGAAUUACGUAGAAAUGCUGUGGAUCCAAAUUAUAUCAUUAACAUUUCUAAAGAAGAAGAAACAUUGGAGCAUUUGUGGGAACAAUACAAGAAACGAAAACAAGACGCAAAAUCAUACAAAGUAUUGAUGAACGAAUAUGACAUUAUGAAAGAUCAAGAAACUGAAAUUCAAAAUGCAAAGGAUUUACUGCAAUUAAAUCAUGUGCAAGAGAGUGGAUAUGGAGACGAGUUCAUUUUGGCCAUGCUGAAGCAAUAUCGAUGGAGAGCUGAAUCAUUAUCCCACGAUUAUUGGGAACAUGGUGUUGAAUUUGUGUGCAAAAAGUGUGGAGUUCCCUAUGAAGCAUUUAAGACCACUUUUCUGGGAGAAUCAUCGGUAAGCGAUUCAUCACAGAACGCUCAAUCCUAUGAAGAGGAGGAUGACGAUCCCACCUGUCCAUCAUGCUUCUGUGACGACGUUCCCAUGAGAAAGAACCCAGUGUGUGGUCACAAAUUUUGUGAGCCAUGUUGGAGAGGAUAUCUGGAAGUUAAAAUUAAGGAAACCGCUGGGUUAGGUCAGACAAGAAUUAACUGUAUGGAAUGCAACACUGCUCUCACUCAAGACUUUAUAUUUUCCUUCUUCAAGAAUGCCAAGUCAUUUAAUGCCAAGCGAGAGGAUGAAAGAAUCAAAAUGAAAUAUAUUGAAAACAGAGUUGACACUUACGUGAAUGAUCACUUUCUGGUGACGCGAUGUCCAAAUGCUCCUGGAUGCAAAUGUGUCAUCAAAAAGACAGUCGAUAUUCCUCUUCACAAAGUACGAUGCGUGCCAUGUGACACUUUGUUUUGCUUCCAAUGUGGAAAAGCUCCUCACUAUCCAGCAACCUGUGAAAUGUUUGAAGAGUUCUCAAAGAAAUCAUCUUCCAUGACCGAAGGCGCCAGUUAUGAUUUUAUUCAAAAGAAUACCAAGCCCUGUCCAAAGUGUAAGAGAUUAAUUAACAAGAAUGGUGGUUGCAAUCACAUGACUUGCUCUAUGUGUCGUCACGAAUUUUGUUGGCUUUGUUUUGGAAAUUGGAAUAAUCACAACUUUGAAAAUUGUAAGGAAAAGAUUGUGCAAUUUACUUCCACCACUCUACAUCUUGACAAGUCAGGAGAAAUUCAACAAAAACUCUACAAGCAUUACAUUUACUAUCAAGAAAAGAUGGGCGAACAUAAUGGAUGGCUGGAACGAGAACGAUCCAAUCAUUACAUGAAAAACCAAUUACAACAAUUUAAGGCAGAUAUUUAUGUUCACACCGAUGUACCAUACAAGUAUUUAUUUUGGGUUGAUGAGGCGUUGACAACGGUGAAAACAGCUCGAAGGUUCCUCUAUGGAGCUUACGUGUAUGCUUUUUGUGCAUUUAACAUGGAAUUGAUUCAAUUGGACCAGGUUCACAGAUAUUCCAAUGAUUCUCUCAAGAAGAAGAAGAAAAUUAAGGAAAGUCAAUUUGCACUCUUUGAUACACACAUUUCAAAUUUGGAAAAGGCAGUUUCACAACUAUUGGUAAAACUUGACUUUAUGACAGACAAUACGUGGAGCAAUUACAUGACAGAUGUUUCCAAAAUGAAAAUCUAUGCAGAACAAUACAUUAUGAAACCACACGUCGAUGCAGUGACCAAACAAUUGGAAGGUCUCAAGUCAGUCAUUGAAAAUAUGGAAAUGUCCAAGCUGUAA